UAUAGGUAAAUGGGGUAACUUUUUAUUUAGUGAAUGGGAGGAAAUAAUAUUCAAACUUAUUGUACACAUAAUGAAUCGACCUGAAUCGAUAUAUGAUCUUCUUUUGGCUCCUCUAACGCUAAGUCUUAUAUUCGGAGGUAUAGGAGUAGUAUUACUUACUAAUAUAAUUUAUUCCGCUCUUUCAUUGGGGCUAGUUCUUAUUUGUAUAUCCUUUUUCUAUAUUAUAUUGAACGCGGAUUUCGUAGCUGUUGCACAAAUCCUGAUCUACAUAGGAGCUGUUAAUAUUUUGAUUCUAUUUGCCGUGAUGUUGAUGAAUAAUCCGAAAUAUCCUAAUUAUGACCCUCCCUGGACCGUCGGAGAUAGCAUUAGUUCAAUAGUUUGUACGAGUCUUUUUUGUUCAUUAAUUACUAUUAUCUUGAACAUAUCAUGGUUCAGAAUAUCUCUGACUCAAAAAUCAGAUCAAAUGUUAGAACGAGAUUUAACAAACAAUAUUCAACGUAUUGGGGCUCAUUUAUCCACUGAUUUUUUCCUUCCAUUCGAACUUAUUUCUAUAAUUCUUCUAGUCGCUCUUAUAGGAGCCAUUACUAUAGCUCGUCGAGAAGAAACAGUUUGAAAAUGAGAGCUCUCCUGCGCAUUAGUAGCAGAAAUACGCUGUUUUAUCUUCAUAGAUCGUGAAAGAAUCAUUUUCUUCUUUCGAUAAUGGAAAAUUAGAAACUUAUUAUAACUUUUGUUUGUAUCUGAAGAGGUUAAGGUAUGAGGAGUUUCUUUAUUAUGCUCGA